AUGUUGCCAUUCGUGAAUUCGCAAGCGACACCUAGUAGUGUUAAAUAUAAGUUAAAGGUGUACCAUAGAAAAUGUCAUGUUAUUUUCUUAAUAGGUGAUCAAAUCUCGAUCACAUAUUAAAUUCUAAUCCUCUCAACGGAAGUUGGUAAGUUACGAUUUUUAUAAUUCACUGACCUCGUUAACCGUAGCUUUCUGACCUUUUCCAGCUUUCUUUGAUCCUUGCUUCGACAUUUCGCGAGUAUUUGCAAGAUAUUGCAAAAGUUUUCUACGCAGACACGUAUUGUCGAAGUAACGAGUCAUUUACAAUUUGAAAAUCACCCGAAUUAUAUUUCAGACGUAGAUGGCUGUUAGUUAAUAAUGAUUCCGAUGAUUCUUUAACCUCAACAUCUUUGAUUGACCGAGACGUCUGCGCACGUGUAGCGCUGUGCUGCCAACUAAACCGCAGUAAAACACUAUGUUGGCGCGAUUUAUCAAAUUGUUUGACCUUGCCGGUUUUUUCAUCUGUGACAAUAUUUCGAUUAUAAUUUACAUAAUUUCAUAAUUAAAUAAACUGAUUACAAAAUGAUAUAAUUAAUGAUAAAACUAUUAUCAGCAGAUUUUUAAUUCGCACUGUGAUUAUGAUAAAAUUUGCAGGUCAAGAUGCCCAAAAAAUUUGUCGGUGAAAAUAGCAAGGCCGUCGCUGCUCGAGCUAGAAAAGCAGCGGCGAAAGAAGCUGAAAAUACAAAGAAAGCUCUCGAAGCGGAAGAAAAAGCUUGGCAAGACGAUGAUAAACAGUUAUUAAAAAAGAAGCAAAAACAGGAAGAAUUUGAAAGAAAACGUCAACAACAAUUAGAAAAGAAAGCAGAGGUAAAAGCUCUGCUUGAAAAGGAAAUGGCAAACAUAAAAGUGGGUGGUAAACAGCCAGCAGCUAAAGUAACUAGAGCAGAAAUAGUUGCUGCGACGGAAAAGCGAAAUCAGGCAGCAAUGAAAAAAAGAGAAGAAGAAAAACCAAUUGAAGAGAAUUUGAAUAGGCUGACGAUAGAAGGUGAAACCGCUCAUGGUAUAGACGAAGCUUUAUCCGUAUUAAGUACUAAAGAAGCUGAGAUUGAUCGUCAUCCAGAGAAACGUGUAAAAGCAGCGUAUGCUAGUUUUGAGGAAAGAAUGAUGCCUAUUAUUAAAGAGCAAAACCCUACUCUGAGGUUAAGUCAAUUAAAACAAAUAUUGAAAAAGGAAUGGAUGAAAUCUCCAGAAAAUCCACUCAAUCAAAAAUUACUUUUAAAUCGUUGA